UAUCUUAAUCCGAAAAGGUUGGAACGGUAUUAUAGGAUAAGGAGAUGUACUAAAGUGGCUGAUAUUUAGAAGAAAAGAAAUAAAACACACAAAAACCUAAGUUAACAAAUCCACAAGUGAAUCAAAGGAAAUCAAAUUAUUGCUGAACAAUUUUUGUAAAUAAAAUCAUAGAAACAAUGUUCCCGAAGUGCCUAGUGUUCUUGUUCGCAUUGAAUGUGUUCAGUUCGGUGAUGGAAUGUACCGCCUACACGUUAAGUGAUCACUUGAACUGGGAAUGUGCUAACAAUGCAACAUGUUUGAGUAAAGUGUCCAGUACAAUUUUGGAAAAAUUGAAACAAAACGAAUCGAUUAAUUUCGGCGGUAUGUCAGUUGAUCCGAUCGAUACGACUCAAUUUAGCGGUAGAUCGUUUUCAUUUACGGGACUCCUGAAUGGCAAUCGGCUGAAAGUGCCACUUGGUCCUGUGUUGAUGAGUGUGCAGAGAUCGAAAGAUUACAGCGAUUACAUUGAAGUAGCUUUGUUGAAGAAAUCCAAUGAAGGUCGCGGUCGUACUGGCGGAUUCGGUGGUGGUCUUGGAGGUGGUGGUGGAGGUGGCGGCGGUGGUGGUGGUGGUGGAGGUAUUGGAGGUGGAAUUGGAAAAGAUAGAAAACAUCUUCAACUGUACAUUCCCUUAUUCCUUGCUAUGAAUGCUAUUGGCUGGAUGGGUUUGGCCAUGAAAGCUGUAUCAAUCCUAACAUUUAAAGCUUUAGUUGUAUCCAAAUUGGCGUUUGUUGUUAUCCUGUCGAUUAUUGUCAAAAAAUUUAUGGAUACCGCAACCGAAAGAUAUUACAGAAUGAUUGCAUCCCAUCAUUUUGAGCAUCCCGAGCCAAUUAUGAUGCCAUACAACAUGGAAUACACUCUACCCAGUCAUUCGUACCAUAGUACUGAUUUAGGUGCAAGCGAUAUUUAUUCGUUGCAAAUGUCAGGUGGACACGAUCAUGUUGGCUCCCAUGGACUGGAAGGUCUGGCCGCUGAAAGUUCGCUUAGUCAUAUUGUCAAUUUGCAUAAUGCAACGCAACCGGAAGGCUUGGUUGGGCUACAAACCGUUGCAAAAGUGAAACGACAGGACAAGGAUAUGUGGGCAGGUAAGUUUUGGACUUAGACGCAAACCGGCUUUUUAUUUAGCAAGAAGUCCUGUUCAAAUGUACCGGCAAAUUAAUCAAAUGCAAUAGAAAUGUAAGUAGUAAGGGCAUACACGUAUAUCGGUUGACUUUAAUUUAUUUAUUGAAUUUAUUUAUUUAAUUUAUAUUUAUUCUAAUAACCUCAUGUAAAUGAAUGCAAAGAUCGAUUAAACAGAAAUAUUUGAUAAACUGAUGGCUUU